GCUAGUUUCUGAGUCCUCUCCUCUGAUAUGUAUCCUCCUAUUCUGUCUCCCCCACUCUGUCUUGUUCCUUUCACCUUCCUUUCGAAAUUACCAUUUUACCCUUUCUCUCUCUCACCUUAAAAUUUCUCCAUCUCACUCAUUUCAAACCUCUGAUCCAAAAGCUUCUCCUACUUCAUCUCUCUGUUUUGCUUUCAAAGUCUUGAGAUUUCAAUAGACCCACAUGAAGUUUCGUCCUGUCUGAUAAUUCCCGAGUUCUAAAAAACAAAAAUGUUCACUAUUUACAAUACUAGCCUCCUUCUCUUCCUCCUCCUCGUUUUCCUCUCUCCACAAGUCUCAUCCUUUCUCCAACCUGUCCAGCCUCCGAAUUCUCCUCAAGUGGUUUUGGUUGAAGAUAAAGCAAGAUUAGGUUCGACACCACCGAGCUGCCACAACAGAUGCAAUGGCUGCCAUCCUUGCAUGCCCACUCAAGUUCCCACUCUCCCGAGUCGCUCCCGAUUCACCCGAGUUGACCCGUUCUCCGGCCGAUUCGUCCGGCCUCCUUCGUCUCUAACCUCCGUCCUCGAUCAGUACUCUAAUUACAAACCCAUGGGAUGGAAAUGCCACUGCAAUGGCCACUUUUAUAACCCUUAAUUCAUAUAUCCUCUGCUUCCAUGAUCUCUCUCCACUUUUUUUUUUUUUAUUACUUAAAAAAUUGAUUUUCUAUUUUUGAGAGCAGAUGUGUUCUUUGCAUUCUUUGUAAAUG